CGCUGGUGUUGCAGAGAAGAAAAGUGGGGAAAUUUAGUUUCUCCUCCGCAACUGAAAAUUCACCUCAUCCCGGCUCAAUUCACCUUUCACUGCAAAUCUCGCUGAAAAUGAUUUAAAUUUCGUAUCUUGUGAAGUUCUUGCUGCAAAGUGGCCCCGAAAGUGUGUGAUUUUUAGUUAAUCCCAAACCAUCAGUGACCAGGACAUCCGCUUCGAUGCUAUUUGCCAUGCAAUUGCGACUUUUUGAUCGACACGAAAUGUUGGGGCAGUUUUUCGUGGGAUGCAUUUUGUUUACCCUCCUGUCCUCUUCUUGGGCUCUCUCAAUUAACACGGACAAUGAGGUUGAUCUUGUGAGGACAAAUUUGGACUGCAUUGUCGGAAAUGCAACAUUUCUUCAUGGGGAAAUCUUUAAAGUUAACUGCAAGACUCAAUGUGUAUGCCAGAAUGGACGACAUGCCUGUUCCUCACUUUGUCCCCAUGAGACCCUUACCCCACCCGGGAGCACGUCCGAGUGUCGCUCACCCAGACUUGUUGAAGUUUCCGGCUAUUGCUGCAAAAUUUGGCUCUGUGAGAUGCCCACGAUGGAUGUGAAUGUUACCUGUGGGAAUUCCUCUACAACACCUUGGAGUCCGUGUUCGGAGGAUUGUGGUGUGGGUAUCUCAACGAGACACGUUGAGACAACUGUUGGCUGCCAAGAUCUAAAUUCAGUGCGUUUGUGUGAGAAUCGGAAGUGCGUGAAGGAUGAGGAGGAUAUUGUUCAGCCCAUGAAGAAAUAUCCUCUAAAUCUCUACAAACAUCCCAAAGGACAUGGCUGUCGGAAGAUGCAGAAGAUGGGACAGUCAAGGAUUCGACUGGGGCCUUGUGUAUCGCGGAGAUUGUACCGCCCAAAAAUUUGUGGCCUCUGUCAGAAUUCCAACAUUAACUGUGUGCCUUCGUUAUCUACAACUAUACAAGUAGAAUUUUUAUGUCCUCUGAAUUCUGGAGAUCCAAUCAGUUUUAUUGAAGCUGGAUACGAUCUCUGGGACAAUAGUUGGCUAGAUCCAAUUGAUCAGGAGCUCCUGCAUUCCCACAAUAUCCAGAUGGAGAACAAAUUCAUCGCAGUUCAGUGGAUUCUCAAGUGUUCUUGUGGAUCAAAGUUUUCAUUCCUGAAAAAUAUCAUUCACAAUGACUAUGAAAAUAUGUAAUUGUGAACACAAGGUGCUUGAUAAAAAAAAACGAUCACGAAACAUAUCUAACUAAAGAAUUAUUUAAAAAGAAAAAGAAAAUCACUAGGAAUAAUCUCUAUCACUGAAAGAAAAAAAAUAACUGUAAAAUAUCUAAAUUGACCAAAAGAACUUUCCUUUUUGGCAUCUUCGGAAGAUUUUAUUUCAAUAAUGUGAUAUUUUAUUUAAAAGAAAAAAAAUACACGAGGAAAAAAAGAAGAAAAUUUACAUGAAUUAUUUAGGGCUAAAGCAUAAUUGAUUGCACAAUCUAUAUAACUUAUAAAUUGCUAUAACCAAUAAACAUAGGCUGUAAGGGAAUUUGCAUUUAAUGGAGAAUGACUAAAAAGAAUAAGAAAAUAACAUUCACAUGAAACCAAAUUGCGCAUAAGUGAAUAAAUGGUUUCAAAAGUAAUAAAAAUGUACCAAAAAAAAAAGAAA